UUUCUAACUCUCUAAUGUAAAAGACAUCUUCUCUUGGAGCAGUACUCUGCUGAACAUUAAGCUCUCGGAUCUAGACACACACACACACAAACACACAAAAGUCACAGUUCCACAGAGACUGCAUAAAGGACAAAGUCGUCAUCUUAAUCUUUGUUGGGACGUCACAAGUGGUGCCCUAAAGUGCAGAAUGGCAGCACAGGGAGCUCCAGGUAUGGCCAACAAAGGUCCAUCUUAUGGGAUGAGCCGGCAGGUGCAGGAUAAGAUUGAGCAGAAGUAUGACACUGACCUGGAGGCACGUCUGGUGGAGUGGAUCAUGACUCAGUGUGGAUCCGGAGUGGGACAACCAGAUGCAGGAAAACUGGGCUUCCAGGCUUGGCUCAAAGAUGGAUGUGUUCUGUGUGAGCUCAUCAACAGUCUCUGUAAAGAUAAGCCUGUGAAGAAGAUCCAGAGCUCCAGUAUGGCCUUCAAACAGAUGGAGCAGGUGUCUCAGUUCCUUAACGCUGCUGAACAGUACGGCGUCACUAAAACUGACAUGUUUCAGACGGUCGAUCUGUGGGAGGGAAAGGAUUUGGCUGCGGUGCAGAGGACACUGAUGGCUCUGGGCAGCAUCGCAGUUACAAAAGAUGACGGCUACUUUCGUGGAGAUCCCAACUGGUUCUUUAAGAAAGCUCAGGAGAACCGGAGGGAUUUUUCUGACGGCCAGCUGAAAGAAGGGAAAAAUGUCAUCGGUCUGCAGAUGGGAUCCAACAAAGGAGCGUCGCAGUCGGGCAUGACGGGGUACGGCAGACCCCGACAGAUUAUGAACCCAUGAACUGACCAAUCGCCACUGUCCCCCAAUUAUCUGGCUGUCACCACACCCUAAUAUUCCUUUCAAAAUAUGACCAUAAUAACAGCACAAUAAAAUAAACAAACAAUUUUGUACUAAGAUAAUUUCCAUGGCUCUGGCAAUCCUUACAGAAGCCUUUUUAAAUGCAAUUGUUCAAAUAUAGUGAAUUUAAUGUUAUUAAUUGCAGAACAGCAUAAAAGUUUCUAAAAGUUUCAGCCGUUUAUUACAACUGAAUGAAUACGCUGUGUGCACAUUACAUCUGUUAUAACAUGAAAUGAGAAUUGACUCUACUUUCUUAAUUCAUGUGUAUUAUUCCAAAUAAAAUAAUGUUGGCCUCGUAAUUUCUUAUCAAAGUCAAAUCUUGCUCUGCCAUUUAAACAUCUUUCCACUUUGAAUGGCAUAGAGACCAAUCAUUUCUCCAUGGUUAACACAAAUUUCACCUACAUUUAUUUUCCUGUUGAAUAUCCCGGAAUACGUCAGGAUUAUGGAAGUAAAAUGAGUUGUGAAUACUGUUUCAUGUUGACUUUAAGGACAUGUCUGUGAGUGCAUCGAAUUGUAAUGUGCAGAGAUAAAAGAGAAAAAUUCAACCAGA